AUGGCCUCGUCACCAGAGCACGUCCGAGUUGAGUCCCUGAACCUUCCGUCUCCUACACGUCAACUCUGUUUCUUCUCCACUGGCUGUCUCGCAGGCUUUGCCAGUCUUCCAAUGGCUUUUCUACCCAAGGUCCCCUCUCUCAUGACCGCCACUCCCCCGGUACUCCGUGCUGGUGUUAGAUUCUGGACCUUUGAUCAAACUCGCCACCUUCUGGCACCAUUCCACCUCCCUGUGUCGUUGACCGGUGGGCUAGGAGGUGCAGCAGGGGGCUUUAACGAGGUUCUCCUACACUCUCUGGUUCAGUCGAGGAAGCUGCCUGCUGCGGCCGCUCUAGGUGCUCAGACAUUGCGUCUCUUUCUUUGCUUUGGCACCUUUACCUUCUUAAGCACUACCUUCAGCGACAUUCUGCCACCAAAGCCAUUCUGGAAGUGCUGGCUGAUGGGGGCUACUGCUGGUGCUACGGGUAGUACUGUUGUCGCCGCUCUGGAAGGUGCAAGAGGUAAAGCCUUGUGGGGCCAUGCGAUUCCAAGAGGUGCAGCAACUAUUGGUACCGUGAUUGCAGUUCAUGUCACCAGCUGUGCUGCUUUGCUUGACAAUGUAGAUGCUGGUGACUGA